AUGGACGAAACAGACAGUGUAUUAGUCGAAAACGUGAAAUCUUUCGCUGCCGGAGGAUUCGGUGGUAUUUGUGCCGUGCUCACUGGCCACCCCUUUGAUCUUGUCAAGGUCAGACUUCAGACUGGUAUUUACAACUCGUCCAUCGAAUGUAUCAAGACCACGCUCGUGAAGGACGGCUUGCCAGGUUUCUACCGAGGCGUUCUCCCACCCCUUUUGGGUGUCACCCCCAUGUUUGCCGUGUCUUUCUGGGGUUACGACGUAGGUAAGAGACUUGUGGGAAGCUUCACUGGAAAGUCACCCGAGCAAUUCACCAUUGCCAACAUCUCCACCGCUGGUUUCAUCUCCGCGGUUCCCACCACCUUGGUGGCUGCUCCAUUCGAGCGUAUCAAGGUCAUGAUGCAAGUUGCAGAGGGAAAAAACACCACCAUGGGCUCUGUCGUCAAGGAAAUGUAUCGUACCGGCGGGAUCCGGUCCAUUUUUAAGGGUUCGGUGGCCACCUUGGCCAGAGACGGCCCUGGUUCGGCUCUUUACUUCGCCACAUACGAAUACUUGAAGAAGAAGUUGUCCCUGCCUGGUGAAGACAUGUCCCUCUUGGCCAUCUCCACUGCUGGUGGUUUCGCUGGUGUUUCCAUGUGGUUGGGUGUUUUCCCAAUUGACACCAUCAAGUCCACUCAGCAAUCCUCCAACACCAAUGUUUCUAUUGCACAGACCACCAGAAACAUUUACGCCAAGGGUGGUAUCAAGGCAUUUUUCCCAGGAGUGGGUCCAGCCUUGGCCAGAUCUUUCCCUGCCAACGCUGCCACUUUUGUGGGUGUCGAGUUGGCUAGAAAGGCCCUUGACGGAAUUAUUUAAACAAAGUAUUUAUUAGACGCCUUCGGGUGACACCAAUCAAAAUCGAUUUUUGACCUGCGUAGAUACUGACUCCAUCAGUUGAAAGACGAGAUAUCUUUCCAAUAUUACUGAUUUACUGUAAAAUUUCACAAAAUUCACAAGAUUAUCCAUCGGUUCUAUGUUUGAGAAUACAUCAAACUCUUCAUCAG